AUGGUAGUUGAGGAGCGCAAACAGAUUAUCGUCUUCGGAGACUUGACUUGUGACUCCGUCGCGGGUCUCCGAACCUUAGUCACUGUCAAGGACAAUCCACUCUUGAUCUCCUUUUUCGAAAGAGUUACAUCCGGUCUUCGAGAGGAGAUUGGUCUGCUUCCAUUUUCGCAGCGUCAACGAUUCAUCCGAUUUACCACAUUUGAGGAGCUUCUCGCUAGAGUCCAGCGGUCAACAUGUCCGCAUCCUGCACUUGAGAAAGCCUUAGCGUGUACCUAUCAACUGGCAUGCUUUAUCAGUGAGCGUAAUAGGCAAUACACAUCUCCCGGCCACAAGUAUCCCUCGACUCAACAGACCUGCCUCGUUGGUCUUUGUACUGGCCUUCUUAGUGCAGCGGCUGUGGGAUGUUGCCAAAGCAUCACGGACCUCCUCCCCCUGGCGACACAUACAGUACUUAUCGCGUUUCGCGCUGGUUUAUUUGUUGCCGAUGUGCGUGACAGACUUGAGCCGCAGACAGGGGCACCUUUGGCGUGGAGUGUCUUAAUCCCCGGCUUAGAUGGUGACACGGCUUCCUUGACCUUACAGAAGUAUAAUGAAGAGAAGGGCCUUCCCGCUACGUCAGCCCCAUACAUCAGCACAUAUGCUAAUACAGGAGUUACUCUGAGUGGCCUACCAAGCGCACUUAAUGACCUUCUUGAUUCAAGCUGUCUCCCAAAGAACCGAGCUCUUACUAUUCCUAUAUAUGCCCCAUACCACGCUUCUCACCUUUACGGACAAAAAGAUAUUGAAAGUAUCCUUCGAAAGGCUAGUGCGACGGAGUUUGCAUCAUACCAGUGUCAAUUCAGUAUUUUGUCCUCCAUCACUGGACAAAGCAUUCAGGUCGACACAUUCGGAGCCUUAAUUGACUACGCUCUGAAUGCAAUUCUCCGAGAACCACUUCGAUUGGACCGCAUCGUCUCCUCACUUGGUGAGGCCCUGCUAUCUGAUUCACCCAUACGGGGCUGCACAAUCCUUCCCAUCGCCACAGUCAUUGGGCAAAGCCUCGCUGCCGCGCUUCGCAAGCACGGUGCCCCGGAUAUAACGGUAGACCCAUGCAUGAACUCCAGUAUAGCUGUGCGAGAUGAUCGAACGUCUACCACUGGACAUCUAGGACAUUCUAAACUAGCCAUUAUCGGAUACUCUGGUCGGUUUCCUGAUGCCAAUAACAACGAAGAGUUCUGGCAACUACUCCAUGAAGGACGUGACGUCGCUAGCAUAACACCCAGUAAUCGCUGGGAUGUUAAGACUCAUGUGGAUCCAACUCUCAAAAAGAAAAAUACCAUGGGCACGCCGUACGGAUGCUGGCUGAAGGAGCCUGGCCUCUUUGAUGCCAAAUUCUUUGCUUUAAGUCCCAGAGAAGCUCCACAGGUUGAUCCUGCACAGCGUCUGGCGCUCAUGACCGCGUACGAGGCGAUGGAAUUUGCUGGGCUCGUUCCGGACUCGACACCAUCUAGUCAAUCCGAUCGCAUUGGGGUUUUCUAUGGUACGACGAGCAAUGAUUGGGGUGAGACAAAUAGCUCGCAGAAUGUUGAUACCUACUAUAUUCCUGGCUCCUGUCGAGCUUUCAUCCCCGGGCGACAAAACUUCUUCUACAAAUUCAGCGGCCCAAGUUACAGUGUUGACACAGCCUGCUCCUCGGGCCUAGCUGCCCUCCACCUUGCCUGCAACUCCCUGCUCAAAGGCGACAUCGACACGGCGAUAUGCGGCGGAACUAACGUUCUUACCAACCCCGAUAUCACCGCCGGCCUUGACCGUGGGCACUUCCUCUCCCGAACAGGAAACUGCAAGACCUUCGACGACGACGCAGAUGGAUAUUGUCGCGGAGAGGGUGUUUGCACGAUGGUCAUUAAACGACUUGAGGAUGCUAAGGCCGACAAUGACCCCAUUAUCGCCGUGAUUCUUGGGGCUUACACCAACCACUCGGCUGAGGCGGAGAGUAUCACCCGGCCGCAUAUCGGGGCGCAGAAGGCUAUCUUUGAGAAGGUGCUCACUUCGGCCGGCGUUGACCCUUAUUCUGUGGGUUAUGUUGAGAUGCAUGGCACUGGGACUCAGGCUGGUGAUGCGAGGGAAAUGAAAUCCGUUUUAUCGGUCUUUGCGCCUGAGACGGAAAGACCGCGUACUGAUGCUGAGAGACUGUUCCUGGGCUCUGCGAAGGCUAACGUUGGCCAUGGGGAAUCUGUCUCUGGGCCUAUUGCUUUGAUUAAGUCGCUUAUGAUGUUGGAACGGAACGAGAUACCUCCUCAUUGUGGAAUCAAGACGAAGAUCAACAGUGGCUUCCCGACGGAUCUCACGGAUCGCAAUGUGCACAUAGCCAAGCAACCUAUUCUCUGGGAAAGACCGGAAGGAGGUGUUCGCAGAAUCAUGAUCAACAACUUCUCCGCUGCCGGUGGCAAUAGCUCUGUCUUGAUCGAAGAUGCACCAGUCUUUGAGCCGAAAAGCAAGGAGGCCGAACCUCGCUCUACUCAUGUCGUAGCUGUCAGUGCCAAGUCGAGUACUGCAUUGAUAGCCAACAUCAAAUCUCUCCUGUCAUACAUGAACGCUACGAAGCCAGAGCUGCCCAGUCUAUCUUACACAACCACCGCUCGUCGCACUCAUCAUCCAUUUAGGGUCAUGGUUAGUGGGCCAGACCUGCCGGAGAUUCACGCUCUAUUAGAGAACAAGCUGGCUUCUCCCACGGUCCAGAACAGAGCCAGAGCUGCGCAGCGUGCUGCAUUCGCCUUUACCGGUCAGGGAUCCCAAUACAUCGGCAUGGGGGAAAGUCUGCUGAAUUUCAGCACCUUUCGCAGCGACAUCGAGAGAUUUAACGGAAUCGCAGAGACCCUUGGUUUCCCUUCCUUCUUGCCGUUACUUGAAUCAGGAAACGGAGAUAUCUCCGAGCUUCCUCCGCUGGUCGUUCAGGUCGGAACAGUAUGCACCCAGAUAGCCAUGGCACGUCUGUGGCGAUCUUGGGGAAUCGAGCCCUGUGCUGUGGUCGGUCAUAGCCUCGGUGAAUAUGCAGCACUAAACAUCGCUGGCGUACUUUCUGAAGCAGACACCAUCUUUCUGGCUGGGAAGCGGGCGCAACUCUUGCAGGAGGAUAUUUCCGCAAACACCCACGCCAUGCUCGCUAUCGGCACUAGCGUGGAGGAAACGAGGUCGCUGUGCGACGGUUUGGAAUACGACAUCGCAUGCAUCAACACACCAAAAGAGACAGUCCUGAGCGGUACGAACAAGCAAAUCGACCGAAUACUCGAUAUAUUGUCUUCAACAAGUCUGAAGAAGACCAGACUCCGUGUUCCUUUUGCCUUCCAUUCUUCCCAGAUGGAACCCGUUCUAGAAAAGUUCAAAGCAGCUGCUCGAGGUGUUAAAUUCUACGAGCCAAAGGUCCCUGUCAUCUCACCCCUGUUUGGAGAAGUCCUCACAUCGAAGGAACCUUUCGGACCGGAAUACCUGGCUCGUCACUGCAGGGAAACCGUCAACUUUGCCACUGCACUGGAAAGUGCAAAGGCAGAUGGGGUCAUCAGUAGCGCAUUGUGGGUCGAGAUAGGUGCUCAUCCCAUCGUGUCUGGAUUACUGAGGAACAAUCUCGAUUCCACACUCAAAACUGUCCCAACCCUGCAGCGGAACAAAGAUACCUGGAAGGUGCUCACAUCCAGUCUUUCCACUUUGUACGAGUCCGGUGUAGACAUCAGAUGGUCCGAAUACCACAGGGACUUCAUCCCGGGCCUUUCUGUGCUACGCCUCCCGUCAUAUAACUGGGACUUGAAGGAAUACUGGAUGCAAUAUGUCAACGACUGGUCUUUGUACAAAGGAGACGCUCAAUUUCUAAAGGGCACACCUGGGCUAUCGACUACCUGCGUCCACAAGCUUGUCGAGGAGAAGAAGGACGGGAACAAAAUCACCGUCGUGGGCGAGGUGGAUGUCCUCCGUGAUGAUGUAGACCCGUUUGUUCGUGGCCAUCGCGUCAAUAAUCUGCCUCUCGUCACGCCAUCCGUGUAUGCUGAAAUGGCUCUCGUGAUUGGUGAAUAUCUCCGUAAACAGCAGACCAAGCUUUCUGGAACCCUAGUGGAUUUGCAACACAUGGACGUGCAACGACCGUUUGCCACCAAGAGUAAGGGAAAAGGUCCCCAACUGUUGCAAUGCCAUGUCGUACUUGAUUGCGAAACCUUCCAGGGAUCAGUGGAGUUCUGGAGUGUUACACCCGAAGGCAAGAAGCUAGUUAGACAUGCACUUGCUAGCAUCACGUUCCUGGAUGCGAAGGCCGCCCAGGAGGAGGUCCAGCAGCGAGCACAGGGCAUCAUGAACGAAAUGGAUGAUAUGGCUGCAAGACUCAAUACCGACGACCGAGUGCAAAAGUUCACCGGCAAGACCGGAUACAACUUGGUAUCUUCACUCGCCUCCUAUGACCCUGAGUACAUGGGUGUUUCCUCGGUGCUCCUAGACAGUGGCCGGUUGGAGGCUGUUGCGACUGUUAAAUUCAACAAUCCUCGAACGGAUGGGGUGUACCACGUAAACCCAUACCUGAUUGAUAAUCUCGGACAGCCAGCUCUCUUCGUUAUGAAUGUCAAUGACCAAGCCGAUCUCAGCAAAGAGGUCUAUGUCAACCACGGAUGGAAGUCGCUGCACUUCUACAAACCGCUGUCAAUCCAGAAAACCUACCGAUCACACGUUCGGAUGAGCGGACCAGACGCUGAUGGCCUCUACGGCGGAGACAUGGUUGUCUUCGAAGAUAAGGAAGUCGUCGCCGUGUACAAGGGCAUAAAGGCACAAGGAGUCCCGCGAAGACUCAUGGAUUAUAUCGUACACAUGCGAGACGAUACAAAAGCCGGUGCCCCUGCCGGGGGAACUCUCAAUGCUAGCCAAAGCGCUGCAGCAAAUCCAGCAGCCGAUCCGUCAGCACAAGCUGAUAGUGAUAACUGGCAAGCAGCACUCAAGAUAAUAUCUGAAGAGAGUGGUGUCCCGAUCGCCGAACUGUCACCCGAAGCAGCAUUCGACGAUCUCGGCGUGGACUCCCUCCUCGCCUUGCUCUGCGCCAGUCGCUUCCGCGAGGAACUUGGCCUACACUACGAGUCAUCCAUCUUCCUAGACCAUCCGACCAUCAAGGAGCUAGAGGCAUUCUGGAAGCAAGGAGCACCCGAGACCGGAACAGUCACCGUGAGCGGCCGCGACGCAGUCCUAAACUCCAUGUUUACCGAAGCAGAAGCAGAGGUAGACCAAGACAAGAACAGCAGCGACGAGGACCGAUCAUCACUAGGCACCAGCUCGUACGAGGUUAUCAGCCCCAACACAACAGAAACCACACCGGAGAUUACCAAAACAUCUUCACCCAAGAUCUCCGCAACGUCGCUUCUCCUGCAGGGCAACCCGGCGCUGCCCUCGACAGUCAAGACUCUAUUCCUCCUCCCAGACGGCUCCGGAUCCUGUUCCUCCUACGCAGGACUUCCGCGCAUCCACCCAUCCAUAGCCGUUGUAGGCGUCAAUUGCCCGUUCAUGAAAACCCCAGAGUCCUACACCUGCGGUAUCGACGAGGUCACCCAGAUGUACAUCACCGAGAUCCGGCGACGCCAGCCUCACGGACCAUACGCGCUAGGUGGCUGGUCAGUGGGUGGAAUCUUCUCCUACCACAUUGCGCAACACCUAGCCGCACAAGGUGAGCAAGUCAGCGAACUGAUUCUCAUCGACUGCCCAGUCCCCAAAGGUCUGGACCAUCUCCCACGUCGAUACUACGAAUACUGCGACACGAUCGGGCUCCUCGGGGACGUGAACGGAGUCAAAAGGGAUCCACCACCCUGGCUAAUCUCCCAUUUCGAAGCUUGCGUGAACAGUCUACAUACAUACCACGCAACGCCCUUCGGGUCCAAUAAUGCGCCCCGUACACAAAUCAUUUGGGCCUGUGACGCCAUCGACAAACACUGCGAACCAAAAUUCGACAGAAGGCCCGAUGACCCAGAGGGAUUGAAGUUCCUCACGGCGACAAGAACUGACUUUGGUCCCUGUGGCUGGGAAACCCUUCUCCCGGAAGAGGAUAUGACACUGGAUAGGAUGACAGGGGCCAACCAUUUCAGUAUGAUGAAGGGGGAAUUUGCGAAACGGUUGAGUGAGAUGAUUGAGGGAUUUUUGAUGAUAGGAAAUUGA